AUGAUGGCUUCUCAAAGGACCAAUAUGGCAAUGGAUGAAGGAGAGGAUGAUUCCGAAGAGCCUCUCGUGAGAAUUGAAUUAAUUGAUUUUUUAUUCAACCCAGAAGAUGAUUUAAAUUAUCAAAAGCUGAAACAAAAAUUUGAUAAUCAAACCAAAGGCUUUGCCAAAUGGUUACUGGAACGAGAGAAUUGGAGAUUGAAUCUCGAAAAGUUUGACUCACUCCUUCCGAUUGAAUUUCUGAGUGACAGAGAGUGUAUUGAAGAAUAUUUCAUUUGGAACAGAGUGGGCGAAGAUGAAUUUAAUCCAUUUAAUGCCAUUGCUCCUUGGAUCACAAAGACUUUCGAACAUGACGAAGAUGCCGAUGAAUGUGAUUAUGAGAUGUGUGUUGUGUUGAGGUACAUAGGUUUAGGGAUAUAUGAUAUUUUGAACUACGUUCCUACAAACAAAUUGUGGUCAAGAAAACAAGAUCUCGUCGAAGUAUUGAAAUUCGUGGAAGCAUGCCCUGUGAGAUUAGACCCAUAUGAUAUAGAGGUUGUUUGCACCGCAAAACAAUUUUGUGAAAAGAUUUACUUGAAAUUUAUGCCAAAUCAUUUACAAGGAGAUAGAGAAAUUGUUGAACAAGCAGUGUGUAUUAAUGGACUCAACUUGGAAUAUGCCUCAGAGGCGCUAAGAAAUGAUCGAGAAAUUGUUCUCAAAGCAAUAAGAAGCAAUCCAUGCUCAUACGUUCAUGCUUCAAGUCAACUGAAAAGAGAUAUGGAUUUUAAGAAACAAUGCCUAAAUAUCGUUCUUAAUAAGGAUGGCAUUGAACAAAAAGGCGCUAUAAGCUCCUAUAUCCAAACUAUGUUUUCCGAUGACAAGGAAAUGGUGUUAUAUUUAAUUGCCAACCACUCAAAUUUAAUUUGUCAUUCCUUUUUCAACAGGAUGCCGAACGAGCUUAAAAACGACAAAGAGGUAUUGACACAAUGUAUUAUGGCUCGUAUUCAUAUUGACACGUUACCGAAUAUUGUUAUCAGCAAUCGCGAUCUUUUUCUGGAACUGUUGAAAAAUGCAUCAGCCUUUUACUUCGAACAACAUAUGUCACAGCUAACGGAAAGGAUUGUUGAUUUGGAUUUUAUGUCGACACUCGUUGAAUACAACGAACAAGCGUUAAAAUACGCUUCUGAUGAGUUGAAAGGUAAUCGCCAGUUAGUUCUUAAAGCUGUAACAAAUUUUGGUAGGGCCUUGAAAUAUUGUUCGGACGAGCUAAGAAAAGACAGAGAUAUUGUGAGAUCUGCUGUUAGGAAUUGUGGAAUAGCGUUAAGUUUUGCCUGUCCUGAAUUAAGAAAUGAUAUGAGUAUUAUUUUGGAAGCAGUUGAAAACUGUGGUUUUAUUAUUGACAAUUUAUCAGCAAAAAUGAAAGAGAAUUAUGAACUUCAUAUACUGUUUUGUACGGAAAUAUUUACCCAACACCUCUGGAGAAAUCUACUUUCCAGAAACUGCAGAAAUUAA